AAUACAAGAAGUACAGCACUGAGAAGUAGAGUCACAGUGCAGAAGUAAGGCCUCAGUACUGAGACCAUGUUACCUGCGUUUUCUCUAAAGUAUCUAGUGUUAACCAGCCCAUUUAGUAUCUAGACUGUUUAACAUUCUCCCCAACCCUCCCUCCACUCUCUGGUAGAAAAAGUAACAUUAAAAAGAAAAACUAAUAGAACAAUCAGUGUGCUGAAGAUUUGCAUAGGUAUCUGUUGACAGGGAGUUUGUGUCUUUGUGGUUUAUAUACUGCAUUGGUUUAUAAGUGAUGCUGUUAAAUUCACAGGCCACAUGUUCACCCAAGGAGAAGAUCAAAUUGUAAUACUGGAAUCACUGUAAUAUAAAUGUAAAUGUUGGAGAAGAUGUUGAAUAACACCAAAUCAUGUGUUACUACAGUCUCUUGCUUCUAGAGGAACACACACUUGCUCAGGUAUUUUCAGCACCAAAGCUAAAAGUUGCUUUGUUCUCCUGCCUGUUCCUGGGUUGUACCACACAGGGUCCCAAAGAGCAGCAGUUGUGAUCAGCUAUUUGAGAGAUGCAGGGAUGCAGCUGAUGACUUCUCUAGAGUUUAACAACAGCAUCUGGGAGUUUUUUGGUCUCAUGGGCCGUUGUACUGCUCUGUUGCAGUUCAGAAUGCAGUGGUGGAAAAGUUAUCAAUGGGUCAGCUCUGCAGCAGCUGCACUCCACAGCAUGAUGUUUUUAUGUCACAGUAAUGAAAGGCAGUAGUAGGAAUAAGGAUCACUCAACAGAAGGUGAAGGAACUGGGAAGCGACCAAAAAGGAAGUGUCUUCAGUGGCAUCCCCUGCUUGCCAAGAAACUCCUUGACUUCUCUGAAGAGGAGGAAGAGGAAGAAGAAGAGGAAGAUAUUGAUAAGGUGCCGCUCCUUGGCCCUGAUGGUUUAGAGCAGGAUGCUGAUGAGACUGAAGACGAUGAGUCCUCAGAGCAGCGAGCUCGCCGACCAAUGAACGCGUUUCUCUUGUUCUGCAAACGCCACCGCUCGCUCGUGCGGAAAGAGCACCCUCGCCUCGAUAAUCGUGGCGCAACCAAGAUCUUGGCAGAUUGGUGGUCUGUUCUAGAUCCAAAAGAAAAACAGAAAUACACUGACAUGGCCAAGGAGUACAAGGAUGCAUUUAUGAAAGCAAACCCAGGGUACAAGUGGUGCCCCACAACCAACAAACCUGUGAAAACCCAGGCAUCCAGUGUUACAAACAGGAAAAAGCUAUGGGCUAUUGCAUCAGACUCUGCAAAAGACUUACCAAGCCCAAGGAAAGUAACCAAAAGUGAAGAAAUGCCACAACUUAACUUUGGGAUGGCAGAUCCUACACAAAUGGGAGGCCUGAGUAUGCUGCUUCUAGCAGGUGAACAUGCACUUACUGCACACGAGGUUUCCUCCAGUAGUUGCCAGUCUGAUACAUCUAAUUCUACAGAAGCCUGUCAGAAAUCAUCAUUGUUUCAGUUUGCAGAGAUCUCUUCCAACUCGGCACAGCCUGGAGUCCUGGGGGCAGUAAAACAAACGGAGGAGUCUGCAUUGUUUCAGUUUGCUGAGAUCUCAUCAAAUACUUCCCAGUUGCCAAGUCCUGAGCCAGUAAAGCACUGUGGGAAGUCGGCACUCUUCCAGUUGGCAGAGAUUUCUUCAAGUACAUCCCAUUCAGGGCCUUCUGAUUUGACGAAACAGUGUGGAACAUCAGCAUUAUUUCAGCUGGCAGAGAUGUGCCUUGCUUCAGAAGGAGUAAAAGUGAAAGAACCUGGGAAAACAAAAGUGGAAGCACUGGAAGAUGAGGAAGGGGAAGUGUCAGAGGACAUGGAAGUAGAACUGGAGAAAACAACAGCAAAAGACUCCAGUAAUGGAAAAGUAGAACAAUCAGAAAUAGAAAAAAUGCAAAAUCCAGAUGAAACAAAAGCUGAGGAAUCAGAAACUGCAAAAUGCAGAGACUUUACCAGUCUUGCAAUGGAAAACAGUCCUUUUGAGAGAAAGGAUAACACAAAGGAUCACGUGUGCCGUUCUCCAGAGCUUUUCAUGAGUGAUAUGACUAUCCUUGGCCUAAAGCCAGAAAAGAUAAAGAAGAAAAAGAAAAAAAAUAAGCUGGACCGGCACACAAAUGAAAAAUCCACCCCUAAAAAAUCUUGUAAAAAGAGGCAGUCCUCCGAGUCGGACAUUGAAAGUGUGAUGUACACAAUUGAAGCCGUGGCCAAGGGGGACUGGGGUGCUGAGAGACUCGGGGAUACGCCCCGCAAAAAAACCCGCCCCGUCUCAAACGUGAAGGGAAGCACGUUGGAUACAAAAUCACCAAAGAAAAAAGUGAAAUCGAAAGAAAAGAAAACGUCAAAGGAGAAACCAAUGGAGACCACCAAAGAAUCCAAGCCUCCCGAUUUCCUUAGUAUUGAAGCGGGCAAGGAAGUGCCGUGUGAGGCUUCUGAUAACAUGAAAGUGGAACCACUGACCCCAACAGAGGAGGUGGUACCCCAAAGCUUACCAGAACAGGUCAAAACUGAGGACAGUGACUGUGUUAAAAAGAUAGAAACCUGUGGCUCCAGGAAAUCGGAGAGAUCUUGCAAAGGUGCUCUUUAUAAAACUCUGGUGUCAGAGGGCAUGCUCACAUCUCUGCGCGCUAAUGUGGACAGAGGAAAAAGAAGCUCAGGAAAAGGUAACUCCUCAGAUCAUGAAGGAUGCUGGAAUGAAGAAAUCUGGGCCUUUUCCCCAAGUGGGACAAGUGGGAACAAAAAACUGAAAAAGACUAAGCCAAAGGAAGAGUUUGUUUUUGGCAUAGCAAAAUUGGAAGAAGAAUUUGCAAAGAAAUUCAACAGCCUCCCUCAAUACAGUCCUAUUACCUUUGACAGGAAAAAUUCAGCUGUCUCGAGGAAAAAGCGAAAGAUUGGAAGCGGCUCAUGUGAACUACCAAAAUCCAACAAAGCCAUACUAUUAGAAGACAGAAAUUCCAGUGAGUCUGCCUGGAAGAAUAAAAUUUCUAUAUCUGCCCUAAGCACUCCAGAGCCAGCAAUGAUGCAUGAGCCUUUAGUUGGCAGCCAGAAAAGGAAAGCAAGGAAAACGAAGAUCACACAUCUUGUCCGAACAGCAGAUGGGCGAGUGUCACCAGCAGCAGGGACACUGGAGGAGAAGCCAAAAGAGCUGCCACAAAGUACUCUUCAAAAAUCAUCGAGUGCAGAAACAGAUUGCAACAGUGAAUGCUCCAGAAACACAGAGACAGAAGAAAAUCAUAGUAUUACAUCAGAUAUGCCAGCGGUGUCUGCAUUUUUUAGCUUAGCUGCUCUGGCAGAAGUAGCAGCCAUGGAAAAUGUACACAGAAGUCAGAGGGCCACACCUCUCCCACAUGAUGGACAGCCAAAUGAAAUGUCUCAGGCUCCAGUGCUGAUUUCCUGCGCUGACCAGUGAAGCUCCACUUUAUUGUAAAACAUUGUGCUUUACCUAAUAUCCUAGCCUUGUCUUUACCAAGGGAAGCUAGUCAGUCCAUAUGAUGGAACUAGAGACUGCAAUAAAGUGCUUAUUGCUCUGAA